GGCAGUGAGCCGCUGCGCGGUGUCAGUGUAGCGCCGGAGUUGCUGCUACAGCUGCCGCCGCCGCCGCUUCUGACGCUGAGUAGGGAGGCACGGCGAGAAGCAGCAAGACUCUCAGCCACGUAAGUAACUAUUAAUACAUGGUGAAGAGACGAUGUCUUGCUGAAAGGGAUUGGCUCGGCCAUCCCUUUCCUCCCCCCUCCUUCUACCUCUAGGAAUAAAGAUCGACGCCGGAAAUAUACACACAUACAUUCAUACAUACGCACACUCAUAUCGAAGUGGCUGCAUCGCCUGCCUCCCUCCUUCCUCUUUUUCUGCAUCUCAGGACUCUGGGGAGGGGGCUAAGAAGACCGUCGGGAGGGUGUUUUUUUUUCCCCUGCAGCGCUUUCCCUUUUUUUUCGCCCUUCGUGGUCUCUUUCCUUGCUUGCAUGUACGCUGCACUCAAACGAUCUGGGGAACAACGAAGAAAGACCGGAGGAAAUCAUCUCCAGGCCAAUGGAAAGCUAAAGAGCAUCGAUCUAGCCUUGUCCUUGAUUGCACUUUUCCGUCUGAUCAAAGGAAGCCGACGCACGCCACCAAAUCAGCGCCGCAGCUUGUGGAGCUUUGCGCACUUCAUUUCCUGGUAGGAGCGGCGCCUUUAGUUUGGGAAACGGCUUGCUUCCACCGAAAAGGAGGUUGCGUGAAAGAAAAAAAACCCUGCUAUCCAAUAGCGUACUCCCGCACCGUUAGCGGAGCUUCUCGGUAACCCGCUGAAGUUAAAUACUCGGUUGCUAUUUUUUAUUUAUUUGUUUCUGGAUGCUUUUCUGAAUAGUCCUUUCCACGAGGAAAAAGGAUCAGACGCCAUCUACAGUCUAAAGUAGGUUAAAAAAAAACCUAUUGAAAAAGCAAGAAAAAGAGAACCCCGCCGUCUGCUGUAGCACGUUCAAGUCACCGUGUGAAGAUUUCGAGGGGAGCGACUAGGAAUCGGAGACUGAUAACGAACCCGCGUUUCCAGGCGUUUUUAUUGUAAACCCGGCGGCGUUCCCUGCAAGGCCCCGUUUUGCUCCGUUCGCUACUUUGCGUUACUUCGCAGCUCCUGAGCACAAAGAUAGCCGGCGUUCGAAGCGAACGUGCCGGGGCUCGGUGGGAAGAACCGCUCGGCUGAUCCCACGUUCCCCCGCCGAUGUGCGAGCUCCGGUUUCUCUUUGCGCUACCAAGUGGACUGUAGAUCCCGCAUAAACCUGCCCUCCGAGCACUCUUCCCACCACAGCACAAAGGCAUUCGUGCGGCCGGCCUGAGGCGAGCGACCGAUAACACCGAAGGGUUGUGUGCGCGCGAGAGAGAGAAAUUGGGGGGAUUUCUUGGAGGGUUUGUUCUCCAUCCCCAUGAACAUACAAAGGUCAACCCCCAUCACGAUAGCACGGUAUGGAAGACCUCGGAAUAAAACCCAGGAUUUCGAAGAGCUCUCGACUAUAAGACAGACCGAAUCCAGCCAGAGUUUUAGCCCCAACCUUGGCUCACCGAGCCCGCCAGAGACUCCGAACUUGUCGCAUUGCGUUUCUUGCAUUGGGAAAUACUUACUCCUGGAGCCUCUGGAAGGGGAUCACAUUUUCCGGGCCGUACAUCUGCACAGCGAGGAGCAGCUGGUUUGCAAGGUGUUCGAUAUUGGCUGCUACCAAGAAUUACUUGCGCCAUGUUUUUGUCUGCCUCCUCAUGACAACAUCAACCAAAUUACCGAAGUGAUUCUUGGAGAGACAAAAGCCUAUGUGUUCUUUGAGCGGAGCUAUGGGGACAUGCAUUCCUUUGUUCGUACCUGCAAGAAGCUGAAGGAGGAAGAGGCAGCCAAGCUUUUCUAUCAGAUAGCCUCCGCUGUAGCACACUGUCAUGAUGGUGGGCUCGUCCUGCGGGAUCUCAAACUGCGGAAAUUCAUUUUCAAGGAUGAAGAAAGGUCUAGAGUAAAAUUGGAGAGCCUUGAAGAUGCUUACAUAUUGCGAGGAAAUGACGACUCCCUUUCUGAUAAGCACGGAUGUCCGGCCUACGUGAGCCCAGAAAUCUUGAACACAAAUGGCAGCUACUCCGGCAAAGCAGCGGACGUGUGGAGUCUAGGAGUCAUGCUGUACACAAUGCUAGUCGGACGCUAUCCAUUUCAUGACAUUGAACCGAGUUCUCUCUUCAGUAAAAUCCGCCGUGGGCAGUUCAGCAUUCCAGAGACUUUGUCCCCCAAGGCAAAAUGCCUUAUACGUAGCAUCCUGCGCCGAGAGCCCUCAGAGAGGCUGACUUCGCAGGAAAUUCUGGACCACCCUUGGUUUUCCACAGAUUUUAAUGUGUCUAAUUCAGGAUAUGGUGCUAAGGAAGUAACAGAUCAGCUGGUGCCUGAUGUUAACAUGGAAGAGGAUUCUGAUCCAUUCUUUAACUAAGUGUCAGGACUAGCUUGGGUAAUGCAUGGUCCAGAAAGGACAACAUGAAGGGAGACCUUUCUGAAAAUGCCCAAUUAUAUCUAUGUCUCAUCCUGGCUUGAUAGCAGAAAAGACCACUUGGAGGAAGUUUUUGUUUUGUUUUGUUUAGGCUGGAGAAGGAAUGCUCAAGGACAGAUGUAGCUUGAGAAUGGCUAGGCAGGAGGAAUCGUUGCUAUCAAGUUAGACUGACAUCAAAAGAAAAGGAGGAGGUAGCAGCAUGGAGCAGCUGUAACUUCUCAUCUUUAUGGAGCCAAGGACGCUGCACACUCAACGUUCCGAUGCAGCCGCUACUCCAGUCCGGAUUCCAUUUCAUUCAAAUACAAUAUGAUUCCCAGUGAAUAGGAACUCUUGCAUCUUGGCAUCGCACUGUUAGAUAUUUAACUUCAGCCAUUUUUCAGGGAAGGUACAAUUAGCUAUUAUUUUGUUCCUUUGUUUCCUGUUUUCAAAAUCAGAUGUUUAAUAGUUGCAGUGGGCUUCAUCUUCAGGAGGGCGGGUGGGAAGUGCACAAAGGAAGAUAUGAGAAGUGAGUGCUAAACAGCUUUUGAACAUGUCUCUGGAUUCCUAGUUUUAAAUUGACAGACAUAAGUUUAAAAAAAAAACUCUUUUUGGCUAGAAGAAAUGAUAUUUGGAAUGCUCCAUUCCUUUGAAGAGGGAAACUCUUGUAAUCAGUUGAGUUGUAUUCAGAUGUUCUCCCCACCACAACCUACAGAAGACUCUUUGAUCUAGUGACGGCUUCUCUGUGUGACAACUGAUUUUUGUUGAUGAGCUGUCCCUCUCCCCUCGCCACCCAAGGGGAUGCUCCUGAGAAAUUAUACAAGAGCCUAUAGAAGAAAUGUGUGGGAAUGACCCUCCCCAUCUUCUAUCCAUAGCGUCCACUGGAUCAAAGAGCUUUCUGUCAGCAGAGUGGAUGUAGUUGAAUACAAGCCAUUGGUUUUCGUGGGCUUUUCUUACAGGGAGCCAGAAAUCAGACUUUUUUACCAUACUAGCAAAAGACCAGAAUAAUUGUCUACUUUUCUUUUGUUUUUCAAAGACUGUUGAAAUACUGGCUUUCACUUUUACCUACUGCACAUAACGUUGACCAUGUGGGGUGAGGAGGAUAUCUUUUGGAUUACUCAAAGGAGGGAACAAAUUGGAUUUUAGAACCAGCUAAGACUCUAUAUGUCCUGAGUAGGAACAGAAGGUGGAUCUUUCUGAAGUAAGAAAUACGUGCCACCCACCCCCACCUUUACCCCAAGUAUCUUGGUAAGGCAGUGGCCUGGGUUCUCGUGCUUUCAUUUUUGACUUACAACAAGGAUGCUCUUUUACUUUUCUGUUCAUUCACCUGUUAAUAAGCUGAACGUUGCUGGGACACAGAUCUGUCUCCUGAAAAGUACAUCGUAAUAUGCACCUUUUUUAUUGUCAAGAUUUUAUUUAUUGAUGAAUCUGUCACAGUUGUGAUGAAUUUAAGCCAGUACUUCAAUUACGGGUUGACUUGGGGUGACAUGUUACAUGCUGUAGUUAACAAACUUAUAUUUCUCUUCAGGUAAUCCUGUCCCUGACUGACAUAUUUUAGCCCCCCUUCCCCCCACAGUUCCACCCCUUCUUUGUUAAAGCUUUCAUUUUGAUUUAGACUGGCAAAUGAUUUUUAUUACUGCUUUUAUAUUGCUGUAUGACAUCGGAGGAAACAGCAGAAAACCAACCCAUCUUUUUGGCAUAGAUAUUUGUGUUUCCAGUACCUCAGCUGUUCUGAUGUUACUGCCUGUAUGCGUUUUUGUGAAGUGGUCCUGUUUUUUGGAUAGGUACAUGUGGGCUCUGUAGUAUGUAAAUGUUACUUGAAUUUUGUGCUUAAUUAUAGUCUGUGGCAUGUGCGUACAGCUACUUGGCAUUUGACGUAUGAAUGCUCUUCACCUGCCCUGCGGGAAGGUUUUGAUCCCACUCUCAAAGAUGGUGGUUCAGAGUUCCUUAUCAAGAGACAAAGCUGCAGCUGACCUGCCUUGCUUCUAUUUUGGUAUCUGAGAAUAUAAAAGAGUAAUGUUUUUACACUCUGAAGAUGGUGCUGUGUUGAGGGACUUCUUCUUCUUCUUCUUCUUUUUUUAAACAUUUAUUUUAUAAACUUGUAGGAAGAAAGAUUGGUGAUGUGCAUGGUGGGAUUUUACUGCCUCUGGUGCUUUGUCUUGUAUUUGGUUUAAUGUUUUUUGUCCUAAUCUCUUCAAUAAACAAAAUUGUGCAUAUUUAACUAAA